CGACGUCGGCCAGGAGGACCAGAGGCGAAUACCAGCUGUUUUUCUCGCCUCCUGUCAGCUGUUACUUGCUAGAGAGAGGGAGAAUGGCACGGCUCCUGACACUACUGGCACUGGUUUUGGUGGUCUGGGCACUGCCUGGCCACUGCUGGGACUCAGAGGAGAUGGAACUUUUCGAUUUGGUGGAGGAAGUCGGGGAAAAUUUCUAUGAAGUUCUUGGAAUUUCUCAGGAUGCAACAACGUCAGAGGUUAAAAAGGCUUACCGUCGACUGUCCCUUCAGCUUCAUCCAGAUAAGAAUGAUGCACCAGAUGCCGAUGUUAAAUUUAGGCAGCUUGUUGCUAUAUAUGAUGUCCUUCGGGAUGAAGGGCGAAGGGCUCGUUAUGAAAAAGUCUUAGUAGAGGGUCUGCCUGACUGGCGCUCUCCUAUAUACUAUUACCGCCGUGCUCGCAAAAUGUCACUGCUGGAAAUUUCAAUCAUCCUGACGGUCGUUAUAUCCAUAACGCAGUAUCUUAUGGCCUGGGGUUCUUAUAUUGAUAAGAAACAUAGUCUGGAAGAGUUCCUCAUUCGAAAGUACAAGAUCAAAGACAGGAAAAAAAGGAAGGGCGAGGAUUUGCAGAAUAUAUCAAAGAUGGAGGAAGAGCUGAGUCUCAUCCCAAAACCAAGCUGGUGGAACAUUUUACCCAUUCAGCUGGUCAAACUGGUCAUUUUCCUGGUAACUGGAGGACCAGGCAUUGUGCGAGAGAUACUAGCCGGGAUCCAGAGAGAGAAGGAGAGAAAGUUGAAGGAGAAGGAAGAACAUGAGUUGGAAGAGAAAAGACUCAGAGAAGAAGAAGAAAAACGUAAAGAGAAGAAAGCAAGCAGAAAGGAGGCGCGUAAGAGGGUGAAUCAGUAUCCCGAAUACUCUGGCGGCGAGUGCAUCCUGGAGGCAGUGGAUGGUCCUGAUUCCGAAGAUAGGGUUGUCAGAAAGCCCAGACCAGAACCGUCCUCCAUUCCUGUAAUCACAGGAGGCCCCUGGACAGACGAGGAAUUCUCUGAACUUGCGCGACUCAUGGCCAAAUAUCCUGGUGGGACUGUAGACAGAUGGGAGCGCAUUGCAGAAACAAUGGGACGCACUGUUUAUGAGGUGACUAAGAUGUCUGAGAAGGUGAAAGCACGACUUGCACAGCGAUUCUCAGAUAUGAAAUAUGAAGAAUCUAUGAACGAGGUUAAGGUAAAAGUUAAAACACGGGCUGAAAAAACAGACUUAGCGGCUGGCAGCGAUGAGGCUUGGAACACAAUUCAACAGAAAGCUCUCGAGAAGGCACUCAAACAGUUUCCAAAGGGCACGGAUCAGAGAUGGGAUAGAAUUGCAAAAGCUGUACCUGAGAAGACCAAGGAGGAAUGUAUGUUGCGCUUUAAAUUUCUGGCAGAAAAGAUUCGUAAGAAGAAGGAGGAAGCAGAGAAACCGACAGAUGAUGACCACAAUGAAGAACAGUCUGAGAAUGCACAGGAAGAGGAACUGGAUGAGGCAGAACUCGAGUGUAAACCAAGCAGUAAAAAUAAUCUCAUAAAAACAAAUAGCACAAAGAGAAAUUCCUUACCAGGGGACGACAGAGAGGAAGUUAGUCUAGACCAGAAUGCGGAAGAAGGGGAGGAGGACAAUACUGAGUGACAUUAGACUCCUAGGUGGUUAUUUUUACUUCUCCUUAGAGAGUUGUUAUAUUUUGAUACAGUGUUAAACAUAGGAUAAUUUAUACAACUUUAGAUAGGAUAAAAUGAUGAUGUUUGUAUGACAAGGUGCUGGAGAUCGUGGUAGUGAGUAUCCUCAUUAUAUUUUACACUGAGUAAAAUCAUUCUAUUAAUAUCAUACUGUUGAGAAAUAUCUUUGUUUGACUUACAAAAAUGGAAGACAGUAUUGUGGGCUCUCUUACCAUAAUUUUAGGUGUACUUUAAAUUGAACUGCAGUGCUGUUUUUGGAAAAAAAAUAUUAUGGACUCUCGUAUCAUAAUUCUAGGUGUAUUUUAAACUGAACUACAGGGAUUUUUUUAUAUAUAUACUUUGGAACCUAAAAAUGUUCGGUUUGAUGAAAUUUACAAAAAUAUUUAUUGAAAAAAAUGUUCCUUCUGUCUUGUGAAAAUUAAGUGACUUUAUAUUGGAAAUUACAAAAUAAAAUGUUGAAAUCUUAAACAAAAGAUAAAUGUUAAAGGAUUAUUAAAAGAAAAUGUCUUUCAGAAUUUAUAGAUCUGAAGAAGUACUUGUUUGUCAUACCCUAAAUUAGGGAGGUUUAGCAUUUCUUGAAUUAGAAAUUACAGUGUCUAUUUUUCUUGUAUGCAUGGAUGCCUGUAGAUGUAGAGAUAGAACUUUUGAGACCAUUCAUUUCAUAUCACUUUUGUCAUUAGUUCAUAGAGAUUGAUAUAAUCUAUACACAUUUAUGUAUAAGAACAUUUUUAUGGGUUUAGUUAAUUCUUAUAAAUGGGUAAAAAGCCAUUACCAUGUAAAUUUGGUUAUUAAGUUAUUUCAAUACAGCCAAAUAAAUUUUGGAUUUUUGUUAAUGGGAAUAUUAAUAUUUAGUUAUAUUUUUUUUUACAUGUUUUAGAAAAGCAGUGGAAUUUACAUAUUAUAAAGUUACCUUUUUCUUUUUUCUCUCCUUUUUGUCAGUGUAAAGUUUUUAAUUUUUUUUCUUCCCACAGAUUAGAAAAUGUCCACUGAAAGUCAGUAAUACAAUUAUUAUUGUACUCACACUCUUAAUAUUCUUCAGAUAAAAAAGUGGUGCUAUACAAAGUUUUAUUCAAUAAUGCCCAUUUCUCCUAAGCAAGUGAAUUAUCUCUGGUGUGCAGACAAAUUCAUGAACUCUUUAUAAGAGUUUUAUGUCUCAUACAGCCUCUCUUAAACAUGGAGCUCUGUCAGAAUUAUCUUAGGAGCAUCUUGUACUUUUAUACUUGCCAGGUCAAAAUCCUACCAAAGUGUCUAUACAUGGCUCAGAUUACAUGUCUGUAUGGAUAUAGAUUUAGUGUAAUGAAUGUUUGUGGGUAAAUUAGGGAUGAGUAUUUACAGACAGACCCAGAUGCCUCUCUUGUAAUACUAUUACAACUCUUGAAUAACUGCCAGUGAAUGUGAGUGUCCCUUAAUGCAAGUUGAUAUACACUGAUUUGAUUUUGCCCUUUAAAAAAGAAGGAAAAUUUUAGAGUGGGAUGAUAUUAGACAGCAAGUUGAUUCAAGGUUCUAGAGUUCAGUCACUUCAAGCAAUAAGGAUCACUACUGAUGACUUUGUCAUAGGAGCCAUAGUGUUACACACAUUUAUACAUAUACAAAGACAUGUUACAUGUAAAUACUGUUAAGCCUGCAUAUAAAUACUGCUAACAUAUAUGAACAAAUUCACUUGCACAUGAGUCUGGCAGUUUAUGCACACACUGUAUAUAUGCAUAACUCAUCAAGUCUUUCCCAUCUAUACUUGUAGGGUUCCAUUCGUUUUUCUUUCCAUCAUGUCAUACAUACAAGUAUCUGGUACCCUAGUCAAUGAAAGAGACCUGAUGUGCUAUGCUCUAUUUUCUUCCUCUUUUCUUUCUUUUUUUUAAAUGGAAAUUUGUAGAUUAAUUGGAUAUUUUAAAAGUGUAAUUCAAUUCUCCUUUUACAAGUUACAAUGCCAAAUAUUUCUUUUUCCAGCCCCAAGGCCUGUGAUGUUAUUGUUAUUGGAAUAAAUAUGUCCUGUAUAAAGUGUUUGUUUGCACUGAAAUACAUUUAUACUAGGUUUAUCUAUACUUUUCAUUUUUGGAAUAUGGCAUAGUCGUAAUUGUAUUUUUUGUGUGUGAUACUUUUUUGAUAUUUGCUUUAUUAGUGUGACUGACUUUGAUGAACAGGAAUAUUAUUAUAAAUACUGUAGGUAAUUUUGGUGAUGGAAGAGUUCCUUGUGUUAGCAAAACUUGUUGUUAGCAUCUUUUUUAUUAUUAUUAUCAACAUUGUUUAUUAUUUUGUUUUUAAUUAUGAUUUUAUCACCAUGUUUGUACUCUGUAAAAAUAAAGGAAAUGACUUUUUUUGAUA